GAUGCCCACCAGGACGCCACAAGACGUCCCCAGGACGGCCUCGGAGGCCGCCCAAACGCCCGAACGUGGCCUCAGCGGGCACUUCCGUGGCCACUUUGGCUCCAUUGAUCUUGUCGAACGCUUUUUUUUGCGGCACCAGCUUCCCUCCGCUCGUGCCGCCCUUCUCGCGACUCGCCUGCCAGGCUCACUUCCGCACCGCUCGGACCUUGCCCGGCAGCAAUGUCGGCGCGGCAGAGCCUGCUGGCAACGCCCUGGGCCUUGCUGCUUUCGAGCUUGGCUUCGAGCGUGUCGGCAGCGGAGCCCCCACGGCGGUUGCGAGCGGGCAGUCCGACGCCAGGCCAUCCGGGCAGCUGCGAGACAGUCGGCAACACGGCGCCGUGCCACUGCAUCUGCCGUUGCGACGGCGAGGUGGUAGGCGCGAAGACUUUCACGGCCGACGAGCUCUCUGCGCAGGGUGACGGCUACUGCAGCACGGCCAGCACAGACAACUUGACAGCCCCGUGCGUGCAGUUCUGUUGGGAGCACAGCGGCUCAUGCGGAAGCACCCUCGAGGACAGCCCAGUCGGGAUGACCUGCACGAGCAUCGGUGAUCUGCCCGAGGUCAGCAGCGCCAGUGCGACGACCAGCGUGUCGGUCACGGUCACGGCCAUCGAGCACCUUCCGUGCAGUGGCGUCGGCGAGUCCUGCAGGAUUAAUGCCGAGUGCUGCGACGCGCGCUGCUCGAACACCCACCGUUGCCGGCCGGCGUUCUAGACGUUCUUCCUCCGUUUUUCGGUAGUUUUUUGCUGUCACAUCAUGGUCGGAUUGUCACAUGAACUUUCCAAUGUGCGGCCCCGCCUCAUCGCACGAUUCGUCUCAUCAGUCUGUGUACAGUGGAUUGGGGUGUGCUGAGGCAAGUGCAAGUGCCCGUGGCGCACCAUUUAAGUAUUGCGUGCACAGUGUGCUGGCUUGCCCACGAGGAGCGGACAGCACGACAACAUGCGUGAACCUUCAGAAGCCACGCCCGGGCAGGAAACAGACAGACAUGCCGCUUCUAGCGGACUCGCGAGAGGCCCCAAGAUGCAAGCAUAAGUCCCC